AUGUUUAUCGAUAAAAUGUGGUGCGUGCUGCUGCUGCCCGCCCUAGCGGCGGCGCUGUCUUCGAGCGACUCCGACACUUGCAACCCAGAUAAGAUGACAGUUUACAAAAUGGUCUUACACACUUACUGGACAAGGGAGAAGUUUCCCAAACAUUAUCCUGACUGGCGGCCUCCGGCGCAGUGGUCUAGGGUUUAUGGUGUCUCGCACAGUCGUUCCUACAUCCUGUUCCACUUGGGUAGACGUGUCUCAUCACCUAUGAAGCAGUUUGCCGAAUCUGGCAGACUUGACAGUCUUGGAUCCAGUCCUGGUACUCUGGACGUCUUUGGAGCACCAGCGAUUGGCCAGGGCGCUGGUCGGACUGAGGCGGAAUUCUUUGUGGACGGAAAUCAUUCGAGAGUAUCUGUCAUGGCGAGGAUGAUACCAUCACCAGAUUGGUUUAUUGGAGUUGACAGUUUUGAUCUCUGCGUCGAUGGUAACUGGCUGGACAGCAUAACAAUUGAGGUUGAUCCACUAGACGCUGGAACAGACAACGGAUUUACAUUCACAGCUCCUAACUGGCCGACCGCUCCACAAGGAGUGGCAUACCGCAUUACGUCGCGGUACCCCUCGCACCCCGCUGGAUCCUUCUUCUACCCGCAUUUGAGAAGACUACCGCCUAUAGCCACGUUUCAGUUUAUUAAACUUCGAGAAUACGAGCUCUCAGAAGUAUUUCAUCGAGACAGCGACGAUCGAAAGUACGACGUGCUCCAAUUGGACAAGUUGAGUCAUAAUAAUAUAGACGUGUUGGAUGGAAACCGGGCCUUAUCUAUCGCGGAGGAGGUGGAACGGAACGAGGCUCCGCGGAUAUACGCUGAAGGUUCCUUGACGACGCCGGAUGGAGCAUAUUCGUAUUAUUCAAUUAUGAACAACACGUCAAGCACUACAGAAGAGCCUCGAUCAGCGAACGAGCUGCCAACAUCCGGGCCGACUGCCAGUGAUCGGUCUGCCUUGCGCAGCUUAGCCAGAAGAUAUCGGGCCAGACGACGACGUAAGCUUCGAGCUGAUAAUGCAGACCCCGCUGAAAGGAGGAAGAGAAAAAGAGCAAGGUUGCUCGACUGUCGAGUGUCGGACUGGGGUCAGUGGAGCCCGUGUCGCAGCGACGGCGGUUGCGUCGGAUCAGCCCUACGGACCAGAAGAAUAAUAAGACGUCAACGACCCGGCGGAAACCCCUGCCCGCCGACAACGCAGUCCAGAUGGUGCGCCACCAACUGCACUGCGGCACAGCCGCAGGAAGACUGGCGAAACAACCUCACGUAA